CAUACACUAUACACUUGUCAGUCUUACUUGUCGCUUAAACAAACUUAACCUAUGCUCUUUAAAUAAAGAUAGUCACAUGUACGAUUUAUAAAUUUCACCACGAUGGCGGAAUUAAAUGUUACUAUUUAAACCUUUUCUGUUGCGGGAAUAACAUGAAGGGAAAUUCGAUUUACCACAACCGGGAGUCUGAACGAUAACAGUCGCAUACAUGAGUGUGCGGAAACAAAAUCCUAAUGACCUUCGAAUACGAGGAAAAGAAACGGAAACGUUAAUUUAACGUUAAUAUAAAGUUAAUUCAGGAUAUAACAGUGUUAUAUAUAUUUGAAUAACGCUAUGGAGGAAACUUGUUGCGACAGGCGCUCGAAUGGAGAUUCGAAAGGGGAGGCACUGACAGAGGAACUUUUAAAAUCGCUUAAUUGUGAAUUAUGUAAUAACAGACUCGUAGAGCCGAAAGAAGUCGAUUGUGGACAUGUGUUUUGUCUCGAAUGUUUAGCGAAUUAUGUAGACACUGUAAAAAAUACCGAGAUAAAAAGGUGCCCGGCAUGUUCGAUUCCUAUUCAGAUACCAAAUAACGAUGUUCAACAGAUGCCGUCCAAUGUUUUCUACCAAGAUCUUGUUAGGCAGGUUCAUAUGCUCGAAAAUGAAAACAAGAUUUCUCGCGGUUCAUGUAAAUUUUGCUCAGACGACGAAAAGUGUUUAGCCACAGUUACUUGUAUCAGCUGUCAAGUGCGCAUGUGCGAGCAUUGCUCGUCUAAUCAUUUGCAUAAUGGUGUGACAAACGUUGUCCCUAUACAUCGGAAUCAUGAUUCUAUUUUAUGUGAUAUUUUACCGAAACGUGACACCGCCUGUGAUAUUCACCCAACAGAGUCUCUCCUUCUUUACUGCGAUGCUUGCAAGUGCUGUGUUUGCUUCAGAUGUAAAGAUGAAAGACAUAUAGAUCACGUGGUCACUGAUCUGGCCGAUUCAGCUGCGCCGUCCAGAACAGCCAUCUCAGAUGUACAAAGCAGAUUGAAUGAAUAUCUAGCCGAAACUAAAGAAGCAUUGAAUGAUAUAGAACGAGUGAGUAAAGCCUGCAAAGAUAAUGUUAAUGCAACAAAGAAGCACAUUGAAACUCAAGUGCAACUCUUAAUUGAUCGAAUUACUAAAGAGAAGAAUAGAAUGCUUUCCGAAUUACAAGAUCACGCAGAUGAAAUAAAAGGUAGACUGGGUCGAUGCCGAACUGAAAUGCAUAACAAAUAUUCUAGAGCUCAGGCCAUGUCCAAUCUGAACGAAAAUCUGCUUAAUUUUGGAAAUGAUGCUGAAAGUACUCUGUAUAAAGCUAAACUUGAAAGCCGAUGGGAAGAGAUACAAGGAGAUAAAUUAAACCGGUUUGGACAGGGUUACAAAAUGGAAAUCAGAUUCUUUAUGAAUGAAGGGAUUUUAGGAAUGUUAUCUAAAGAACUUGGUACUAUUAGGGUAACACAGAACCUUUGUCCGUGGACUAGCAGAAAAAGCAAGGCUUUUGACAUGAUGCCACUUCAAGAAGGGCCUAUAGAUCAAAGCACUUUACAAAUGCUUAAAGUCAGAGCAAAUAUGUCAAAUGAUUUCUCACUAAAAAGAUCACCCAUUUUUGCGAAGUUUGUUGAUCCAAAAUGGACUCUCGAAGCUUACAAAACAAGCAAGGUUACGGGCCAGACAGUCACUGUUUGGUUGAAAAUUGACGAAGAACAGGAACAUAUUUCUCGAGCAUCGAAACGCAUUUCUAUGCGGUCCUAUUCCAGCCCCAGUGUCUCUGCAGAAAUUGAAUCAUUCAGUGAAGAUGGUGAGUCAGAGUACAAGAGAAGAUUUGAUAAAUUGACAGACGGAACUAUUGUUAGGCUUGCAAUAGGGAGGAAAGACACAAUUAUGUUAGCUGUGUACCCAGGGAUGUACGCAUCGUCUAUAAUAGGUCAGGCUAAACUCAAGUCUCUAUCCAAAAAAGACGUUGACGGUAUAUAUGUCGCCGUUUUAGAGAAAGGGAACUUUGUUUGUGGAGAAUUGCGGAAGAUUCCUAUACCUGAAGGUCCCGGCUUUGACUUUGAAAUCAACAAUAAAGGAUUAAUAGUGGUUAAGCCAGUUCUACAGCCAAACUUAAAGAUAUAUUCAUCAACCUGCGCUGAAGUUGUCACCGAUCACGACGUGCGUGAAUUAUCUGUGAAGAAGAUUCUGGAGUCUCCAGAUGGAGAAAUAGUUGCCAUAUGUACAGAUAAAGACGGGAACACAAUUUGUGAAGAUGUUAGGGAUAACGGAGAACAUGAAACACGGUUUUCAUUUCCUUCCAACUUUCUUAGUCCGUUGAACUGUAAGUUCGAGGAAGCUCGAUUUGACAGGAAUGGAAACGUACUGAUGCAUUUUCAAACGUCUUCGUAUCAAGAUGCGUUGUAUCACGUGAGUGAUAAAUCUUACCGCAAGGAAUAUCUUAAUAAGCCGGAAAUGUUACAUAAAGUUGACAAUCUUGCUGUUUUACCAGAUGGUAGACUCUGCGUGUUUGAUAAAGCUGAGUGUGUUCUCAUGACAUUGAAAUACAUAUAAAAUGACAAUAACAUUCGUAUAAUAGGACAAUAAAAUACAUAUGAAAGGACAAUAUACGUAUAAAAGAACGUAUAAGAGAAAUAGUACAAUGUAUAAUGGAUACAAUGGAGUGCAACAUGAACAUCUUUUCUGAUAAUCGGAUACAUUUGUAUUUAUUCAGAUUUUGUUUUGUUUUUAUUAUUUUUAACUAGUUCAUAAAGCGCGCUACUAAAUGGAUAUCUAUUCCGUAGGCCUUUAAUAGAUAAUAGAAGUAUUCUUUUUUCAAACACUCAAACAUGCAAUAAAGCAUUUUUUGUUUUCCUGAUUUUUUUUAAUUGAAUAGUUUAAUUCAGUUUACAGUCUAGAUUUUAAAGUUGAUACAUACAUUAUCAUCCUCAUGCCUUUUAAAGAUGAUCUUAAUUAUCAUUUCUUAGGUACGACUGCAUUUCGAGGAGAAACUACUUCUUAGCCACUUAUUUUGUCAGAAACUUACGUCAAAUUUUCUCUCGUUUAAACCCACGCAAAUCAGAGAACAACCUAGUCGAUUGAGUUUAAAUAAAGACGACCAUUUUUAAAUUACGUAUGUUUUCAAGCGAAGAAUGCACGAACGAUUUAUGAGUAAUAUUACUUCUUAAGUAUUGAUCUUAAUGAAAAUUUACAAGUUUAAAACGUGAUUGAAUGUUUUGUAUUUAAUUCAUUUAAUGGUGAUUAAAAUGCCUUCAUACUUUGAAUGAAGCAAUCCAAAAUCUUAUGAUUAUCCAUUACCUUUUUUGUAAAAAAAAUAUAUUUGUUUGUUGAAACGCACUUUUAUCAUGAAUAAACAUUUGUGAAUAAACGAUUAAUAGGGGAACGCAUAUAUAUUAAAAGAUUGUAUGAAG